AUGGUGCUAGUUGAGUUAGUUUUUCAUCAUGGUGGGAAAUGGACUAGUAAGCUACGUCUGAUGUAUAAAGAGAAGUAUAUGCACAUCAAUAAAGGUUUUGACUCUGACUUGCUCUCUUCUGCUGAUUUAGUUGAUGAAUUUGAUACCAAGUUUGGGUAUAUAGGAGUGCAGCAAUUAAUAGUAAAGGGUCCUGCUAAAGAGUGUGAACCAACAAUUGAUGUACCUAAUAUAGUCACCCACGGUGAGUCACACACAGUAGAAGUUGAAGCUGCUUCUGAUUAUAAUGAUAAUGAUAGUGAGGAAAAUGAUUCUGAUUCUCCUGAAUUAAGUUCUGAUGAAUUGGAGCAACUUUUUUUACAAAAGAGGAGGGACAUCAAUGAUAAGUUAACUGACUAUAAAGAGUUAGAUAGGUCAAUGACAUUUAAAGAUAUACCUGAAGCUAGGAAAAUGAUCAACAUAUAUUCUCUUGCAAAUGGAUAUGACUUGCAGCAAGUUAAAAGUGACCCAACAAGGCUUAGGUACAUCUAUGUUGGUGACUUCCCCUUUGUUUGCCAUAUAUCUAAGGAUUCUUCAGGGGGUGGGGUUAAAUUCAAGACUUUAGAGCCUAAGCACACAUGUGAACCUGCAUUUGAAAAUCAAAGAGUUGAUGCAAAUACAAUAGCUGCUUACUUUAAAAAAGGCUUGCAAGAUAACCCCAAAAUUAAGGUUAGAGAGAUGAGGGCAAGCUUGAAAGCUGCAUAUAAUGUAAAUGUUAGUGAAUCUAAGUGCAAAAGGGCAAACAAAAUGAUUUUGGAGAAACUUGAAGGCAGUUUUACAGAUGAAUAUAAUAAGCUUGUUGCCUAUGCCAAUGAAUUAAAACUUAGCAAUCCUGGGAGUGAUGUGAUAAUUAACUUAUCAAAAGAUGCUCUUGAAGAAGGCAAAAGGAGAUUUUUAAGGAUGUAUAUUUGUUUUCAAGCUAUGAAGUCUAGGUUUAAGAGUGGUUUGAGACCUUUCAUUGGAUUGGAUGGAACAUUUUUGAAAGGGAAGGCUAAAGGUCAGCUGUUGGUGGCUGUUGGUCAAGAUUCUGCCAAUCAUUUUUAUCCAUUGGCUUGGGCUAUAGUUGAAAAAGAAACAAAACUUACUUGGAAGUGGUUCUUAGAUCACCUACAGACUUCACUAGACCUCAAAAUAGGUGAAGGGGUCACAUUUAUAUCAGAUAUGCAGUAUGGGUUGAUUGAAUCAAUCCAAACUGUUCUUCCCGAGUCACACUUCAGAUUUUGUGUAAGACAUAUAGAAGCAAAUUGGUGUAAGAGAUGGGGUUCUGGUGAUUUCAAAAAAUACCUUUGGUGGGCUGCAUGGAGUACUUAUGAAGAGGACUUCAAAGAUCAGAUCAAGAAUAAGAGUCAAGUAGAUGAUGAUGGAAAGGAAGCUGUUGAGGAUUUGUUGAAGUGUCCACCAAAAUGUUGGAGUAGGACAUUCUUUGAUACUGUUUGCAAGAACCAGUCUGUAGACAACAACUUGACUGAGUCAUUCAAUGCAUGGAUCUUGCAAGCAAGGCACAAGCCAAUUAUUAAGAUGCUUAAGGAUAUUAGAAUCAAGGUGAUGAAUAUGAUUAAUGAACGUGAAGCUGAGGUGAUGACAUGGGGAAAUGAGUACAGUCCUAAAACCAUGGAGUUGUACAACCAAUUCAUGAGGAUUGCAUUGAAGUGUCAUGUUAAUGGCAGUGCAGACAAUGGAUAUGAAGUGACUGAAAGCAGUGACAGGCACAUUGUGAAUCUGAGGUUAAAGAAAUGCACCUGCAGGGCAUGGGAUUUUUGUGGCAUUCCAUGUCCUCAUGCAAUCUGUGCAUUAUUGCACAAGAAAGUGGACCCUCUAAGUCAGAUUCAUUGGUACCUUACCAAAGAGACUUAUCACCAAACUUAUUCACAUAAGUUACAACUACAUUCUAAAGGAAAGCAGCCCAUUGGAGGAAAGAAGAAGGGGCAGCAGACAAAGAGGAAGAGAACUUUACUUGAUGAAGCUGAUGAUGAACAACCCAGAUCUCCCUCUCCUGCACCAGUGCCACAAGAAGCCACUGAUGAGAAAAUUCCUUUGUCAGCCCCUCAGCCAAGUCAGCAUACUCAAACAAGUCAAUCUAGCAACUUGUUGUUCAUGCCAACCCCUUCAGUGCAAAGGAAAGAACCAAGCUGCAGUGCCUUUCCAGACUUCGACUACCUAGACUUUGACCCCGAGCCUGAGCCUAAAAUAGCUAUAAGGCCAAGAAGUAUCUCUGAGGCAAAGACUAGGCUACAAUUGAGGCAACUACAAAGUACAACAAUUGGAACAAGGGAGCAGUCGGAUUUGUUGGUGAUGCCAGUGGUGUGA